AUGAGCAACACCGGGAAACUCAAAUCGUCGAGUUCUGAAUUGGACCUUGAUCGUCCCAACAUUGAGGAUUACCUACCCUCUGGAUCCAGUGUUCAACAUGAACGGCAUGGGAAGCUCCGCCUGUGUGACUUGCUCGACAUUUCACCUAGUCUGUCUGAGGCAGCAGGUGCCAUUGUAGAUGUGAAAUCCAACAGAGAGAGGAAUUAUAAUGUCUUGUCUCCUAUAUUUAUAUUUCUUCAGACUUCUCAGAUUGGAUGUCAAUGCCAGGAUCCAUUAGACGUGAUUCAUUCACAAGGUGCUUCAAAUCAAAUCCUCCAGAACCUUGGAACUGGAACGUUUAUUUGUUUCCUUUGUGGUGCUGUGGACUUGGUUCUAGUGUUGACAUUAGGAUGGAUUAUAUUUCUUUCAUCCUUCAUUCCAGUGCACUGCCUACUAAAAGGAAAUGAUGAUUUGAGGAAAAAAAUUGAGACUAGGAAGGCUGUAUUUAAUGGCUCUGAGCGCAUGCAUGAACAUAGGUGUUUGGUGGAGAUGAUGUGUAGUUUCUUUGUUGCAUCCUGGACUGGGGUUGUCAAGUACCAUGGGCCAAGGCCUAGUAUGCGACCAAAACAGGUUUUUGUGGCCAAUCAUACUUCCAUGAUUGAUUUCAUUAUCUUAGAACAGAUGACUGCAUUUGCUGUCAUUAUGCAGAAGCAUCCUGGAUGGGUUGGAUUAUUGCAGAGCACUAUUUUGGAGAGUGUAGGGUGUAUCUGGUUCAAUCGUACAGAGGCGAAGGAUCGAGAAAUUGUGGCAAGGAAAUUGAGGGAACAUGUCCAGGGAGCUAACAAUAACCCUCUUCUUAUAUUUCCUGAAGGAACUUGUGUAAAUAAUCAAUACACUGUCAUGUUCAAGAAGGUGGGUGCAUUUGAACUUGACUGCACAGUUUGCCCAGUCGCAAUCAAGUACAAUAAAAUUUUCGUAGAUGGUUUUUGGAAUAGUCGAAAGCAAUCGUUUACCACUCAUCUCUUGCAAUUAAUGACAGCUUGGGCUGUAGUUUGUGAUGUUUGGUACUUGGAGCCACAAAACAUGAAGCCAGGAGAGACAUCCAUUGAAUUUGCAGAGAGGGUGAGAGACAUAAUCUCACAUCGUGCUGGGCUUAAAAAGGUUCCUUGGGAUGGAUAUCUGAAGUAUUCUCGCCCUAGUCCAAAACACAGAGAAGCAAAGCAACAAAACUUUGCUGAGUCUGUGCUUCGGCGCUUUGAGGAAAAAUAG